AUGAAGCAAGCACGAGUUGGAAAGACUGCAACCAUUUCUUUCAACAAAGAUGAUUGUGAAGGCGUGAUCUACCCACAUGACGAUGCCUUAGUAGUGAAGAUGCUUGUUGACAACUUUAACACUCGAAGGAUACUAAUAAAUAAUGGGAGUUCGGCCGACAUACUCUUUUGGGACGCAUUUGUAAGGAUGGGCACUGACCAAAACAGACUGCGGCCCUCACCAACACCAUUGAAUGAAUCCUUGGGAGAAACAGUGCAACCAGUGGGCUCAAUAACCCUCCAUGUGGAGACUAGAAUGAGCCCCUGCACCGCCACCACCAUGACAGACUUCUUAGUGGUAAAGACUCUCUCCUUCUACAAAGCCAUAGCCGGGCGACCAACCUUGGACAUCUUGAAGACUGUCACGUCCAAGUAUCAUUUGGAGAUGAAAUUUUUGAGGAAAAUGGGCAUAAAGGAGGUCCACGACGAGCAAGGCGAAGUCAAUGAACCCCUCGAGCUAGUUGCACUAGACGAGGCCAAUAAGAAGGCAAAUGCAAGGAUAAAAACCAGAAUGAAACCUAAGGUGAGAUCACGGUUGAAGCGGCUACUUGCUGAACACAAAGAUGUCUUCGCCUAG